ACAAAAUACCAACGCUUUUACCGAGAAUAGAACAGAGUACGUGCAAAUAUUUAUCUAUACUGAAGAGUAACUAAGGAAACGCAUAACAUUUUGACAUAAGUUAAGCCGUUGUUGAAGCACGAUUUGAGAGCUACAAGACAAACACGUACAGUUCAAACUAACCUGACAACAGCAUGAAGCAUGAUUAAUUGAUGUUUCUUGUAAGUGACAACUUUUAAAGAUAAUCGUCAUGGUUGGCUGAGAUACUACGAUUAGACUGACGACCAAAAGGGUUAAUUGAAACAUUGUCAGUAACACCUGCAGCUGAAGACAAACAUGUAGUCGGUCACAAACCUAGACUCAAAACUGCUACAAAUGACGUUUUUCACCUCAACAUGAAGUUAUGUCCUCUAGUUACGCUACUUAUCUCAUGGACGUUGGUUUUCUCCAGAGGCUCUGGGCUGAAUUGUCACAUUUGUGACCCUUCGAAGUCGUGGGAUGAAUGCAACAAGAAAAGCUCACAAUACAAGUGUCCUGAGAAUAUGAAGGUUUGCUACAAAACGCACAGUGUGGAAUUUGACAAUGAUGAAGAAGUUCAUCUAUAUCGGAAAGGCUGUGGUACACAAAUAUUUUGUACAGGACAGGAAUGCAAAGAAAAAGGGACAUGGUGCGAUGUACAGUGCUGCAAUACUGACGCUUGCAAUGAGUCUACAGUUUGGAUUUGCAACUGUGGGACAUGCAUUAUGCUUGCACUACUCUCUGCCGUCCUUCUUCUGUAAUUUUUAACCUUUCCUUGGAAAACUGCACAGUUUUUACUAGUUCCAGAGAAUGUGUGCACAACACAUUGAUCGCCACAGCUCUAUGGGCUUAUCAUACUGUCUGGCUUGUAUUGGAUGAAUGUGCUGUAAGGAACAUGCGUAUACAUGGAGGCAGGCUUUCCUUACACAUGGAUCUCCGCACAGGCUACACGGGCGGUCUCCUGAUUAAUGAACCAAAACAAUAACCACGACGGAAUUAUGAGAUACCUCUUCAAAAGCUACACUUUAUCACUCUGCACAUGUGAAACAUGAAAUUGGAAAUAAUUUAAUACGAGACAUGUUCUACAUUGUUCAAAAGAAUAUUCCUCUUCUGUCUUAAAAAAAAUCUCGCUCAGAAGUACCGUUUCUUUCCUUAUUUUUUUUCUUUAAUUGAAAUUGUCAAUUGU